AUGAGUAGCGUCGCAGGAAGGCCCGAGCUUUUCAAGAUGGAGCGGCAGACGGAUACGGAUGCUCUGUCCAUCUCGCAACCGCAAGAAGACGUGGACUCUGAGCUAGAUGCUCACGAUGAGAUUUGUACAAACUUGAUCCGGCACGCCACCAUCCUGGACUCGGAGAGGCGCGAUCUCCUUCUCUCACCUCAGACUACGCAGACUUUGAGCGAGUCUACUUAUAUCGUGACCGACGAAAUUCCAGGAAAUGAUAACGCGCACAUGAGAGACUUAGAAUGCAUGCUCUCCAGCAUGGAGAAGUCGCGUGUUGCUUUGACCCGCCGCGUCAACCAGCUGGAGCGGAGCAAUGACGAAUUGAGCCUCCGCUGUGAGACCCUGCAACACGAUCUGCAGCGUGCGCUGACUCGCCGCACGCUGACUCAGGAUGUACAAUCCCUAGUCGACAGCCUUGCGGAAGCACUCGAGUGCAAGCUUUGCUACUGUGUGACGAAGGACCUUCACACGCUGGGUUGUGGGCAUACCUUCUGUAGCCAGUGUCUUACGGGCUGGUUCGGUGCCUUACGCGACCAGUUCCUUGAAAGGUUCCCUGAUUGGAACGGAUACCACCGCCCGUACGGGAGCGACGAGGAAGCGGGCCCCACAUAUACAUGCCCGGGAUGCCGCGACAUUUAUAUGUUCAGCGCUUGCUUGCGGCCGUCCUUCAAGUUGGUGGAUGUGAUUGGGAUUGUUGAGGGCAACACUGAUCUCGUCGAUCGGUCCGUUCCUGCAGCUGCCUGGGCGAACUUUUGUCGGUACGAUUUCAUGCAUACCAGAACCUAG